CGGCUCGCUCGAGAAGCACGCGGAGGACCUCGAACCUAGACCGUUUGCGUCAGCUGUUGUUGUUUCAUGUGCGCGCGCGCCCUCGAGGCAGAAAUCGACACGGGAAAGAAGCCCACCGGCGGGAACACCUGUUACGUCCGUCCCGUAGGAACGUUUGAACCGUUGAAAGGGGGGAGAGAGCGAGUGUUCUACCGGUCAACAACUGACCAUGUGGAGUGAGACGGAUGAGUUAGUCGGCCGAAAAAAUCCGGGAGGUCAUCGUGCAGGGGAGAUUUAAACGCCCCCGUCCUAAUCGGUGAUUCUCUAGCCGCGCGUGCGAGUGGUGCUUGUGACGUUUGACUUCGUAGAAACGGAGCCUCCGAAAAAAAAAGAAUAAAUAUAAAAGAAAACUUAUUGUCUUUGAAUGUCGAUCUAAAGUGUUUGCCGAGCUGCUGUUUGUGUUGUGAUGAUUUGGCAGCUGGCAGAGGAGUGUGAAAACAGUGAUUAACAGGGUGACCGAAGUGUUUUAAAAGGAGGCUGCUGCGUAGGCGAGACUGUCGACAUUCACAGCAGCGAGAACAAAAGGUGCUAAAUAAUACCGCCUAACCGUUCGGUGCGCUUCUGAUUCCGAACCGAACCUGGCUAUCAUGUCCAUCCUGGCGGCGAGCUGGACCACUGCUACUGCUGACGAGGAAAAGCAAUUACGAUGAACAAAACCGUGGCCGCCGUCGCACGGUUUACCAGCGCCAUCGCUGGUCAAGGACCAUCGGCUGCAAAAAUAUCGUCGACAUCCGCAACGGCGGCAGCUACCUUGAGCCCUUCGGAGAUGGCUGCUGGCACGGUUUUCCAGAAUUCCAAAGAACUGAUGGUCCCGCGGCUGACCAGCGAAAUCAUCAGCGACGAAGAUGACGAAGAUCGAGCGUCCCGGAGCGAUGAUGAGGAUGAUGAUGAUAAUGAGUCCUGCGGAACGGUCAGCGAUUUUUCGACGGAAGAAAUCCCGGUGUGGAUCCGGGGGGAACAACGGUUCAUCUCUGGCGUAACGGAUGAUACAACCUGUGGGGAUCUGAUUCAAGCGUUGCUGCAGCAGGAGAACUUAGCCGCCGGCAGCGGAGCGGUAGAAACGAAGGACUACUGCAUCACCGAGCGAUGGCGACAAGUGGAGCAAAUUUUGGACAGCAAGACCAAGAUAUGGCAAAUUUGGUCCGCCUGGGGAAAAGCGCAGCCCGAGGUCAAAUUCAUUCUCCGUCGAAUGGAUAGCCCUCACGAAUUAACGGAGACAUCAGCUUCUGGUGGGAUCUCCGCAGGCACUAUCGGUUUGUCGACCGAACGGGACAAGGAUAGUGGACGUGGGAGUCCCACGGGGAGCAUCAAUAGUGCAAUAGUGCGACGGAAGCGGCACCGGGCGCACAAAUCAUCCUUCGCGUGGAUGACCCACGGGACGACGAUUCAUCCGAAAUCGUCGAAAAACUCGAUCGAGCGUCUCAUGAAGCUGAUUCUCGAGCAGGGGGAUAUUAUUCAGCAGCAGCUGUCGAAACUUAGAGACCGCGAGCUGCAGAUCAGCAAAAUCGAAGAGGAACGACAUCGAGUGCGCGAGCGGGAGCACGGUAAGAACUAUCUGCUCGAAACCUACCUGAGGGGCCUACCGGAAGUGUCCGAGUUGGACCCCAGCGCGGGCGACAGUGGCGUUACCUCCGAGGCCACCACCGCCGCAUCUCCCGAGGUAGAAUCGUGUCACGAUCGGGACAUCGAAUCACCAGCAUCAUCAUCAUCGGCGGCAGAGAAGGAUGUGAGCCUCAAGGAGAAGAUCAAAAUGAUGGAAAGCAUAGUUUUGCUGAACAAGCAGAUAGUGAGGGAGGAGGAAGCGGCAGUGAAGCUGUUCGAUCGAAUACGACGCUACCAGCUGGAUAUACCCAACCAAACGCAGGCCCAGGUGGAAGAAAAUUUGACGAAGAUCAACACCAGUAUUGACAAAAGUCAGAGUGAGCUGCAGAUGAUUGAUGAAACCCUCAAACACUCGGAUAUCGUCCUGAGGGAGAAGACAUGUUUGCUGAAAUGUCUCCAAGACGAACUUGACGAGCAAGAGCUGCAGUCCAACGUGAUAAUGGAUUUCUCCAAACCCAAUCCCGUGCUGAGCGUCGGCAGAGUUGGCCCAAUGAUAGACGCCGUUGCGCCUAUAGUGGAUCAUACACCACCAAUCCACAACAGUUACCCGUUGUACACUAUCAGCGAACAUCAAAGCCGACCGGAGGUGGCCCAAAACACAAACACAUUGCUCCGAAAUCAACGAUUUUCAGUCGUGCCCCCAAAUGCCAUUCCACCACAAAUAUCGGUGCAUCAAAUCAAUAAAUUCAUUCAUUCUACGAGUAAGUUAGGUAACAACUGCAACGCAACGCUGGACGAUAAGACCUGUCCCAAACAGUUGUUCAAUUCUGCGAUGUUCUCUGAAUCGCAACAUCAUGGCCGCGAUGGAUUCGCGGAACCACUAGGUGAUGAUUUUUCCAGCGUAGGAACGCUUGUGUAAAUGUGGUGCUAGAGACAAAAAGGUGUAAACUAAAAUCAAAGAGAAAUGGGGGGGGGGAUAACAUACAAAUAUUUUCAUCAUAUUGUUACAUCUAACUCUAAGUUAGGAUUAAGGGAAAAACAAUCAUUCUUAUAACCAAACAUAUCACCUAAGAAUAGACGUUAGAAACGUUUAGAAUCUAAGCUCAAUUUUUUUUUUGGUAUUUCCCUUAAAGAUUGCUUCCGACUACAAAUAGAGUGUAUUUUUUGUGUUUUUGUUUUUUCAUGAUAUUUUUUUUUGCUGAGCUAGUCAGUUCAAGAUUUCAAUGCAUUUCAAAACAAACGACAAAUUAAGCAGAUUGUUUAUACAGAAAUUGAACAGCGUCCCAAUGAACCAAACAAAUAACGAGUAGAAGGUCAAAGGUAAUUUUAGUGGGGAACGAUGAUGAACGUUAAACGCAUCGUUAGGAAUCCCUCUAAUUGUAGAUAAAUAGUGAAAUGUAUUUUUCAUCGUUUUUUUUCGUCCAUGCAGUGUAAGUGUUUUUGCUUAUUUAUGUUCAUAGUUUCGAUCUGACAAUAAAACUGAAGCUAC